AAAGCGGCGCAAAAGCGAGUGAACCGCUUGAACCGGAAGCGACUCGAGUCCAAGCCAAGCCACGCGCUGCACCACUCGCCGCUUUACCCGCCGUUCUCCUCCUCCUCCUCCUCCACGCGCGGCGGCGAGGCGGAGCCAAGCCCUAGGAAGGAGCGGCGCGUCACCGGCGGCGGCGGCGGCAUGCAUCACGACCCCAACCCGUUCGACGAGGGCAACGCCGACGACAACCCCUUCUCCAAUGGGGGAGGUGGUGGUGGCGGCGGCGGCAGCAGGCAGCAGUACGGGUUCCGCCCCACGGAGCCCGCCGGCUUCGGCGCCGGCAGGGGGGACGCCACCGUCGAUGUCCCGCUCGACACCAUGGGCGACUCCAAGAGCAAGGCAAGGGAGCUCUCAUCGUGGGAAACAGAUCUGAAGCGGCGGGAGGCGGAUAUCAAAAGGAGGGAGGAAGCGCUGAGGAAUGCUGGAGUGCCAAUGGAGGAUAAGAACUGGCCACCAUUCUUCCCGAUCAUUCACCAUGACAUUGCCAAUGAGAUACCGGCUAAUUUGCAGAAAUUGCAGUAUCUCGCGUUCGCAAGCUGGCUUGGUAUCGUGCUUUGCCUCUCAUGGAACUUCAUCGCUGUCAUAGUCUGUUGGAUCAAGGAGGGAGAUUCGAAGCUGUUUUUCCUUGCCACUAUCUAUGCCUUGCUUGGAAUUCCCCUCUCGUACUUGAUAUGGUAUAGGCCUCUCUACCGUGCUAUGAGGACUAACAGUGCGUUCAGUUUUGGAUGGUUCUUUCUCUGUUACUUGAUCCACAUUGGCUUUUGCAUUAUUGCUGCCAUUGCCCCGCCAAUUGUGUUUCAUGGAAAAUCAUUAACGGGCAUACUGGCUGCCAUAGACACCUUUUCUGAGCAUGUGAUAAUUGGGAUCUUUUACUUUGUGGGGUUCGCGCUGUUUUGCUUGGAGACACUGCUGAGCAUUGGAGUUCUUCAGAGAGUGUACAUGUACUUCAGAGGGAACAAGUGAAGCUAUUCAUCAUGAUGGAAAGUUUCCGGUGAUCACCAGUAGCACACCUCUUCAUGCAUCGCUUCUGUGCAUACAAAUCAGUACACCCUGAGAAUGUCUCUUCAUGUCAGUUUAUUGUGAAACCUUUUCAAGCUUGUUAUGGGGUAGGUUGUUAGCAUCGUUAUCAUAGCUUUGUGUCUGGAACGAGGUGUUUUGAUUCUUGGCAAACUGUAGUCCGUAUGUGAUUGGGUAGAUCGCCGGUUUGCCUGUUGGUUACCGUUAAAUGAGCUAAGGCUAUUCUCGCUCGGGAAAAUAGACACAAAAUUGCAUUCAGACCUGGAUCAUAUAUAUGCACCCUUGCGGAUUGUUGGCUUGAUGCUGUGCUUCCCGAUUUUUA